CCGCUGGGCCCUGUCGCUACGCAGCCUGAAAUACUGCGGCAUCCCGGGUUGAAUUUGGCCUCGCGCCCGGGCGCUCUCGGAGGACCGAAGCGCGGCCCCGAGUGAAGCGCGCACCUGUCGAAGACGAAGCGCGGGCAGGGGGUCGCAGGUUCCCCCCCACUCCCCGACCCCAGCCGCCUGUCGUACUAGCCAGCCCGGGCCACUUCCCGGAGGAGCGAGAUGAAGUACCCAAAAAUUUGGAAGAUGCUCGUAGCAGCAAUGUGCUUGGCCCUUCUGGGCUGCCUGCAAGCCCAGGAAUUCAAGGGGCAUGUUUCCAUAAUCCUGCUGGGAGCAACUGGGGACCUUGCUAAGAAGUACCUGUGGCAGGGCCUGUUCCAGCUGUACCUGGACGAGGCUGGGAAGGGCCAUAGUUUCAGCUUCCAUGGGGCCGCCCUGACAGCCCCCGAGCAGGGCCAGAAGCUCAUGGACAAGGCCUUAGAAUCCCUCUCCUGCCCCAAGGACUUGGCACCCAGUCACUGUGAUGAACUCAAGGGUCAGUUUCUGCAGCUGAGCCAGUACCGCCAGCUGAAGACAGCUGAGGACUAUCAGACCCUGAACAAGGACAUUGAGACCCAGGUCCAGCAAGACGGGCUCUGGGAAGCUGGCAGGAUCUUCUACUUCUCUGUGCCUCCCUUUGCCUAUGCAGACAUUGCCCGCAACAUCAACAGCAGCUGCCGACCGCACCCAGGCGCCUGGCUACGGGUUGUUCUUGAAAAACCCUUUGGCCAUGACCACCUCUCAGCCCAGCAGCUGGCUUCAGAGCUUGGGAGCUUUUUCCAGGAAGAGGAGAUGUAUCGAGUAGACCAUUACCUGGGCAAGCAGGCCGUGGCUCAGAUCCUGCCCUUCCGAGAUCAGAACCGCAAGGCCCUGGACGGCCUCUGGGACAGGCACCAUGUGGAGCGGGUGGAGAUUGUCCUGAAGGAGAUGGUGGAUGCGGAAGGCCGAGCCAGCUUCUACGAGGAGUACGGCGUCAUCCGUGACACGCUGCAGAACCAUCUGACGGAGAUCCUCACGCUGGUGGCCAUGGAGCUGCCCCACAACAUCAGCAGCUCGGCUGCCGUGCUGCAGCACAAGCUCCAGGCCUUCCAGGCCCUGCGGGGGCUGCAGAAGAACAGCGCCAUCCUGGGCCAGUACCAGGCCUACAGUGGGCAGGUGCGCCAGGAGCUGCAGAAGCCAGACAGCUACCAGAGCCUGACACCAACCUUUGCAGGUGUCCUCGUCUACAUUGACAACCUGCGCUGGGAGGGUGUGCCUUUCAUCCUGAUGUCUGGCAAGGCCUUGGAUGAGAGAGUGGGCUACGUUCGGAUCUUGUUUAAGAACCGGGCGUACUGCACCCAGAGCGAGAGGCGCUGGGCGUCGGAGCAGAGUCGGUGCCUGCCCCAGCAGAUUGUCUUCCACAUCGGACACGGAGAGCUGGGCCACCCCACCAUCUUGGUCAGCCAGAACCUGUUCAAGCCUCAUCUACCUACCCAGAGCUGGAAGGAGGUGCAGGGCGAGCCUGGGCUCCGCCUUUUCGGCCGUCCUCUGUCUGAUUACUAUGCCUACAGACCUGUGCGGGAGCAAGAUGCCUACUCCACCCUCUUGUCUCACAUCUUCCAUGGCCGAAAGGAGUCCUUCAUCACCACAGAGAAUCUGCUGGCCUCCUGGGUCUUCUGGACCCCCUUACUGGACAGCCUGGCCCUCGAAGUGCCACGCCUCUACCCAGGGGGAGCAGAGAAUGGCCAUUUGUUGGAUUUUGAGUUCAGUGGUGGCCAGCUGGCCUUCUCCCAGCAGCAGCUAGAGGUGCUGAUGCCAGAGUUAGGGUCAGUCCCAAAGCCCAGUGACUUCCAGGUCCUCGGGGCCCAGUACAGACAGAGCCCACUGGUCACUGCUUGGCCAGAGGAGCUGAUCUCUAGGCUAGCCAGUGACAUCGAAGCCACCGCAGUGCAGUCCGUACGGCUCUUUGGCAAGUUCCACCUGGCAUUGUCAGGCGGGUCGAGCCCCAUUGCCCUCUUCCAGGAGCUGGCCAUGGGGCACUACAGCUUCCCCUGGGCCCACACACACCUGUGGCUGGUUGAUGAGCGCUGUGUCCCGCUCUCAGACCCAGAGUCCAACUUCCAGGGCCUGCAGGUUCACCUGCUGCAGCAUGUCAGGGUUCCCUACUACAACAUACACCCCAUGCCGGUGCACCUGCACCAGCGGCUCUGUGCUGAAGAGGACCAGGGCGCCCAGUCCUACGCCAGGGAGAUCUCAGCCCUGGUGGCUAACAGCAGCUUUGACCUGGUACUGCUGGGCAUGGGCACCGACGGGCACACGGCCUCCCUUUUCCCGCAGUCCCCCGCUGGCCUAGAUGGCGAUCAGCUGGUGGUGCUGACGGAGAGCCCGUUCAGGCCCCACCAGCGCAUGAGCCUCAGCCUGCCCCUCAUCAACCGUGCCAAGAAGGUAGCUGUCCUGGUCAUGGGGAGGACAAAACGUGAGAUCACCACGCUGGUGAGCCGUGUGGGCCAUGAGCCCAAGAAGUGGCCCAUCUCAGGCGUACUGCCUCUUUCCGGGCAGCUGGUUUGGUACAUGGAUUACGAGGCCUUUCUGGGAUGACAGGAGCACCUGGCCUACGUCACUCUCCAGCUUCCUGUCACCCGCUCAAUGUGCCCCAGCUCUCCAGAGCCUGGUGCCAGAAUCAGGCCCCAGAGAAGGGAGGACAAAAUUCUACCCUGCUUCCCGGGCCCCCUGGUUCUGUGUAAUUAUGGUGCCUAGACACAAAAACAAGGCAGAACUCGGACUUCUGCUGUGGAGAUGCCUUCAAACCCAUCAGGAAAAAGACCCUCAUCACUAUCUACAACACAGAAUAAGACAGCGAUCCUUUCACUGGCUCCUGCAGGAAGAGGGGCCAGAGUUGGUGGAGAGACUCCUGGAGAAUGCAGUGCUCUGAGCCAGGCAAGAGUAGAACCAGUCCUGAGACUGCUCCCUCCGGCAGUCUGCCUCUUCUGGAAUCCCUUCAUCCCUCCGUGCAUCUAGCUGACACCUGGUCCUCCUUCAGGCAGCGUCUGCCUGCUCUGUGCCUGAUAGCCACUGCCCUCAGCCUUCCCCUAUACACUAAGGAGGGGCAGCUACAGACACUGCCAUGUCAGAAAGGUCCCCCCACCCUCCAAAAUCUAAAGACCCAGGCUCCCCUUCCCCCACGAGGACUGUUCCGCCAUCACUGGGCCAUCAGGUGUUUCUGAUCUAUUAGAUAGGGCUCUCUGUCUGCUCCUGGGGGUGGGGAUUACAGCUCACAGCUUCUUUCUGGGGCAUGUAUGGCCAGUUCCCUACACCAGGGGGCAGGCUGCAUCUAGGCCUUCUCACGCUACCUCUCUUGGGCUCCAAGCCUGGCAGCUGACUCUGCCUGUGUCUCCUCCAGACCUCUCUUCAUCCUUAACCUGGUACCACUGGGAACAGGAUAGGCAGCUCCUAAAUCCAGCCUCCUCCGGGGCCUCCGAAUUUUUAAUUUUUUUUUUUUUUUUUUAAAGAAAGCCGACAGUGUAGAGCAACCUUCUCAGGGCACAGGUAGUUUUGUUUCAGCCUCCGGUUUGGUCACGUGGACAAGGGAGGGCAUAGAAGGGCUACCAUGGCCCCUGGGUCACAGUCACGCUGUGUCAGUCACACAGUCUCGGUGUCUUUCAGAACUUUCCCAGAGAGGGGCUUUCGUUUGAUGAGGAGCAUCAGGAAAUCUGUUUCUCUGCUUUUGAUUGAUCGUACUUUUCUCCCAGGCAGAACAUGGGAAAGACCCUCACUUUCACUAGAGAUGCGUGCACAGUGUAGCUUGAGCUAGGGGCUCUGUAUGAAAGGCACUCUUGUUGAAAUUCUGCUUUCUCUGGCCUCCAGUGACCCAGACUGACAGAACACCUCUCUUGCAAGAGAGCUACCCUGGGCAGAAAGUUCACAUAAUGAAUGCCCUUGGGGUCCUUUUCUGGCUGGGCUUGCUGCUCACUUUUCUGGCUAGCGUCACAGGUAGUUGCGGGUGAGCUUCCACCUUUGGCCAUGUGGGGGAGCCCACGCGCCACCACUCACAUUCCACCCAGGCGGCAAGUUUAGUGCCAAAUGUCGUUCCUUUGUUUUUUUGGUCUGCCUCUCUGGCUUCUUAGCCCCAGUGCGUUCUCGUCUGUUCUUUAGGACUCAGCCCUCCGAAGGCCUUGCAUGACUCGGGAGAGAGGGUGAACAGGCUUUGUGUCACCGUUCUGAAUAACAGUGAGUCACUGCCCAGCCUGAGCCUAGAAUGUCCUGUUCUUACUCAGAAGAAUGACUGGCCUCUAUCUGUGGGGGGUUUGCACAGGGGAGGCCAGUGUGGGGAAAUACCAAAGAUUUUCUUUCCGGAAGCAAGCGCUAAUCGCGUUGGGAAGGCUGGCAGGAGACAUUGUCAGUGUCCUUUGGCGUGCACCUGUGUUGCCCUUUCCCCUUCUGCCCCGGGGUUAGGAAGGAGUGAAGCUCAGAGUCAGGACUGCUCUUCAGACCUUGUGGACCAUUGUCCACGGCAAGCAGUGUCUCAGGAAGGAGUUCUCAGCCUUGGGACCUGGGAUACCUGAAUUUUCUAUUUUCCAUUAAAAGAAAUUGUUGCUUGCAAACGA